ACUCGGAGCUCCCCCACGGGGAAUCCAUCUCUCCUUCAACCUGCCCUGACGUUGCUCUGCAUCCCCACGUCCAUCGCAGCAUUACCUCUUUGGAUCACGGCACCUUGACCCGCGGACAAUGGCCAGUCUCACAUUCAGUCUGCGCUCGUCCUCCGAGCCCCUCGCGCCCGCGCUGCGCAAGGCCUGCGACAGGUGCCGCAGGCGCAAGACGCGCUGCGAUGGCCAGCCUAGUUGCAAGACCUGCCUUCUCGUCGGGGUGGAGUGCUCGUACAGGACAGUCUCAAAGCCAGUGGGUCGCAGACCAAGGAAACCUCGUUGCUCGCCGCAGGGCCCUCCUCCUACGACUCCGUCCAUGACAUCGCAGAGUCCUGGGCCUGAUAACGACGCAACAGCGCAGACGUGGUCGGUUACCUGGACAUCAAAACAGCCCGAAGAAGAGUCUACUCGUGCACUGUUCCACCCAGACGUGGCUGCGGCAGACUUUAUAGCAGACAGUCAACCGUACCAAGAGCAGUUCUUGCUGGACGACAUGCCUACCAGCCCAUGGUCCUCCUAUCCCCUCCUCAACUUCUACUCGCCCUCGCUGAACAACAGUCUCCUCUUUGACCUAUUCACAGACGCGAGCACCAUUGAGACGCCCAGUUGCAUCGCCAGUAGCUGCAACGUGGUGCCUCCAACACCUGCUGCUCCGUCAGACGACUGGAGAGUCCCCCCUAGCACCUUCACCCCCUACACGCAGCUCUACUUUGACAGGCUAUACCCCGUCUUCCCCGUUCUCGAGAGACACCAGCUAGACAGCACCGCCUCCUGGGACCAGUACGCCCUCGCCUCCUCCCUGGGCGCAGCCAUCACCGCUCAGCUCAACUUGGUCGACCCCUCGACCAUUCACCGCCCUUCAAGUUCCUCCGCAUCAUCAGCCCUGCGCUCGUCAUCUUCACCCCCGCAGCAGCAGCAACCCCUCCCAGGCCAGGUAUGGACCGACCACGCCCUCCAGGCCCGGCAGGCGUGGGACUACAUGAGCGCACCCACAGAGUCCACCAUCAUGACGUCCUUCUUCCUCUUCGUCUACUACGACAACGCCAAGCGGCCCCAAAAGGCCGGCUACUACCUCCGGGAGGCCAUUGGCUUCGCCCUCGCCCUCGGCCUCGACGACCUGGACACGUAUCACGACGCCGCCUCCCACGACGAUCAGCGCCGCUGUCGCCUCUUCUGGCUGCUCUUCAUCACCGAGCGCUUCUACGCACUCCAACACAGAGGCAGCGUCCUCCUGCGGUCCACCAUUCCCCUGCCGCAGGUCUUCACCUCGCCCCAGCCAAAGCUCAUCUACGGCUUCGUCUCGCUCGUCCACCUCUUCAAGUGCGUCGACGACAAGUUUGUCUCCCUCUGGAGAACGAGCCGCGCCGUGCUCACCUGGGGGAGUCCGUCUGCGUCUGCGUCCGUAGCCUCCGUGGCCGACGACACGGGCAAGGCGGCCUGGCAGGGCCCCCUGUGCGACUCAGUGGCUGGACAGAGCAUGGAGGGCGAGCUCGUCGAGGUGCAGCGGCUCGACAUUGCCGUGACGCAGCAGUGGCUGCAUCUCCUGGCGUGGCAGCUUCAAGACGCACGAGCGGCGAGUCGACGCGUGCCCUUUGUCGUGUCCAGGGAGACGCUGGGCGUGGUGACGCGGGCGGACCGGCAGUGCCUCGAGGCGCAUGGCAUCGGCAUGGAGCAGAAGCUGUUCGCCAUUGCGUGCUGCGUGUCCGACGUGCUGCAGCGCUCCGCCGAACUCGACAGGGACGCGGUCUCAAUGGGCCAUCAGUAUCUGCAUGGCUUCAUGCGCGUGCUGUCGUCGUUCCGGAACAGGGAGUCUGAGUAUCUGCAGCCGCUGCUGGCCAGGGCCACAAAGACGCUGACUGCAGAGCUGUCCGUGCCACCGACGCUGACGCUGCCUUGCGAAUCCGAUGUCUCUGGUCGGGGGGAGAGUGGCCGCCCGGAACAUGUCGAUUGUUGAGGCUACCAUGUACAUUAGUAAUUGUACAAACAAGACUACAAACGACAAGACAGCC